AUGUAUAUAAUUAGUAUUAGCUCUAUAUCAGCUGUAAAUAUGGACUUCACAUCAGAUUUCUACUUCCGUCAGGCGUGGAGAGACUCACGGCUGACAUUCAUGAAGCGGCCGGGCAUUGACGCCCUGUUUGUGGGGGCCGAGGUGUCCGACAAGAUCUGGGUGCCCGACACCUUCUUUGCCAAUGAGAAGUCGGCACAGUUUCAUAAGGCGACCACCGAGAACACUUUUAUACGUAUUAAGUCCAAUGGCGAAGUGUUGCGCUCAAUUAGAUUAACGAUCACAUCUUCCUGUCCAAUGAAUUUACAAUACUUCCCAAUGGAUCGACAGAGCUGUACGAUUGAAGUCGAAAGCUGUGAGUAU